CUGCAGGUUGCCAUCAAACACAUAGCGAAGAACAAAGUCGCGCACUGGUCCAAGCUGCCCAGCGGGCUCCGAGUGCCCCAGGAGGUGACGCUGAUGAAGCGGGUGUGUGCCAGGGGCGGGCACCGGGGCGUGAUCCGCCUGCUGGACUGGUACGAAACCCCCGAGGGGUUCCUCCUGGUGCUGGAGCGGCCCGAGCCCUGCCAGGAUCUCUUCGACUACGUGACGGAGCGGGGGCCUCUGGCUGAGGGGCAGUGCCGGCGCUUCUUCCGCCAGGUGCUGGAGGCCGUGCGGCACUGCCAUGCCCGGGGGGUGGCGCAUCGGGACAUCAAGGACGAGAACAUCCUGGUGGAGCUGCGCACCGGCCACCUCCAGCUCAUCGACUUCGGCUCCGGCGCCCUCCUGCGGGACACGGUCUACACGGAGUUCGACGGCACCCGUGUGUACAGCCCGCCGGAGUGGGUGGGGCUGCAGCAAUACCACGUGCUGCCGGCCGCCGUCUGGUCCCUGGGGGUCCUGCUCUACGACAUGGCCUGUGGCGACGUCCCCUUCCAGCGUGACGAGGAGAUCCUGGCCGCGCGGCUCCACUUCCCGGAGCCCCUGCCUGAGG